AUGUGGGUCAUCACUGUCAUUUCUGUGGCCUGUCUGCUGGCCAGUCCAUCCAUGGCUGGCAUCAAAGAGCUCAGCACUCACUUCAGUGACCCAAAGCCCCGAGGGUUAGAACCAGAUGCUGCAGUGGAUGUGGAAGCCAUUCCUCUGGAGUUUCACAAAGACAACACCGUCACAAACGACCUAGUGUUUGAUGGCUUUGAGGAUGAAGAUUACAUUGAUUUUGAUAAGAUCCUGGCUGCUGGCGGUGAUGAUUAUAUUGAGGGGGAUGAGAUAGAUGAUAUUGCCACGCCAGCCCCGGACAUUGACAUCUUCGCUGAACCCUCUGACCCAAAGAUUCGGCGAGCCCGACUUCUCCGCCUGUUCCACGGUCGAUCCCGCCUUCAGCGGCUCAACACCGUCAACGCCCGGUUCGGCUUCAAUCUCUAUCGAAGUCUUCGGAAUGACGUCAACCAGACCGACAACAUCCUUCUGGCGCCUGCGGGGAUCUCCAUCGCUAUGGGGAUGAUGGCUUUGGGCGCGGGGCCCGACACCCAGGAUCAGAUCUACAAAGCUCUCGGAUUCGCCGAGUUCGUCAACGCUAGCCAUCACUAUGACAACACCACUGUGCAUAAGCUUUUCCGAAAACUGACGCACAGGCUCUUCAGGAGGAACUUUGGCUACACGCUGCGCUCUGUCAACGAUGUCUACGUCAAGAAGGACGUGGCAGUAAAAGACGCUUUCCGGGCUGAGACAAAAGCGUAUUACUUUGCCGAACCGCAGUCCGUGGACUUCCGGGAGCCUGCGUUCCUUGACAAGGCCAACCGUCGCAUACAAAAACUGACCAAAGGGUUGAUCAAGGAACCACUGAAGAGUGUGGAUCCAAAUAUGGUACUGAUGCUACUCAACUACUUGUACUUCAAAGGAACGUGGGAACAGAAGUUCCCAAAAGAGAUGACUUACUACCGCAACUUUCGGGUCAGCGAAAAGACGAAUGUACGCGUGCCCAUGAUGACCAACAAGGGGAACUAUCUGGCGGCAGCAGACCACGAACUGGACUGCGACAUCCUGCAGGUGGAGCUUGACACUGACAACAGCAGUAACUAUUCCACUGUCAUUCCACUGAGCAGCACCAUUAUGCAGCUAACAUCCGUAUUCUCAGCUCCCAUACACAGGAAACAUCAGCAUGCUCAUCGCAUUGCCGAGAAAGAUCACAGGACUCGUGAGGUUUCAUUUCCUCGUUUUAAACUGGAGCAAAACUAUGACUUGAUUGAAAACCUGAAGGAGAUGGGCCUCACCGACAUCUUCAAGGAGAGUGGAGAUUUCACAAGAAUGACCUCUGAAAAAGUUGCCAUGAACUGGCUGAAGCACCAGGGAACCAUCACUGUGAAUGAAGAAGGAACGGAAGCUGCUGCCCUGACCCAAGUGGGCUUCAUGCCUCUAUCCUCUCAGAUUCGCUUCACUGUGGAUCAUCCUUUCCUCUUCCUGAUCUACGAGCACCGCACUGACUGCCUCGUGUUCAUAGGCCGGGUGGCCAACCCGUCUCAAAACUGA